GAUUUGCCGGCAUUUACAGUUAUCCAUGUGCUUCAAUUCUUAUGUUGUCUACGAAUCAAUUUACCUUCCCGUAUGACAACGACACAUGGCUUCUCAACGACAUCUCCGCACUAAUUGCUGGUUCGCAGUAAGCGCGGUGAAAAACGUCUGAGCGAGCUAUCUCACGUGUUGAUUCUAGAGUAGAGAGCAGAAAAUGCCAUAGAGCUUGACUAGGUAAUGGCGCCCGCAUGGUUUCGCUCCCACGGUUCUUCAUGUACGAAUACUGAAAAGGAGCGAAACUGCUCUGAAGCUAGAGAGCGCCUGACCCGUCAUACGUUUCGAACGGUAGUAUAUCGUCGGACUGGACCCUCUCCUCUGACACCGACGCCUAACGCGUAGUACACCAGGGCAUUGUCUCUCGUCUCGUGCCUCCUGGAGUUGGUAUACUACAGCAUAGUACACCAGCAUCAUGUCCAACACAGCACGUACACAGCGGAAAGGUACUUUCGGUAACGGCUCCAAACGAAGGGCAUCAUGGACCGUAACACCGCUUGUCGUGGGAAUCGUCGUCAUGAUAGGUUUCGGCCUCUUCAACUACGACGCAGCAUUCGAUGCGAGCCGUGGAGUUGAAAACACACUGCUGCAUCUGGCCAGGGUAGACACGGCUAGCGCAAUCGCCUCCUUCACGUCCACCUCGUCCUCUCCUUACCCUGGCUGGGAUCCAGCCAAUCCCCUCGGGAUUCCACAGGGCCAGGCACCCAACCUACCGUCAAUACGUGACUCCACGUCCAACGCUAAGCGUGCCAAUUACGGCGGCCAAGGUGACAAGCCCCACCUCGGCGGCUUUACCGAAUUCGACAUCCAAGGCCUCUCUCCUCAUGUAUGGAAGCACAUGAUUCAAGACUAUGGCGUACACUCAGUCCUCGACGUUGGUUGUGGACGCGGAAUAAGCACGUCGUGGUUCCACAUGCACGGCGUGCAGGUUCUGUGUGUUGAGGGAUCCUACGAUGCCGUACAAAAUUCUGUCCUACCCGAUCCAGCGAAUCAGGUCGUCGAACACGAUUUUUCCCGCGGUCCCUGGUGGCCCCGCGACACCUUCGACGCUGUUUGGGCGGUCGAAUUUCUCGAACACGUCAACGUACAAUACCACUUCAACUACAUCGCUGCCAUGCGCAAGGCCGCUCUCUUGUUCGUUUCCAGUUCCCGUUGGGGCGGCUGGCAUCACGUCGAAGUGCAUCAAGACGACUGGUGGAUUCGCAAGUACGAACUCUACGGCUUCCGCUACGACGACACCUUGACCCAACAGGUCCGUGAGUGGGCUACCGAGGAAAGUCGGGACGUCAACGCCACGACGGCGCCCAAUGGAAAACCCUGGAACGCCCAACACGUAUGGUUGUCCAUGAAGGUAUUUGUCAAUCCUGCUGUUGCCGCCCUACCCGCCCACGCCCAUUUGUUUCCCGAAAACGGCUGCUUCCAGGGACGAGGGGAGGGUGGCCGCAUUCAUAAUCGGGAGUGCGGCACCGGCAAGGACGCUGCCCUGGAAACCAAACUCGAUCCGGCAAUGUAUCCGCUCACCCUGGAUCCCAGCAUGGAUACGGCGUGGACGACACAUAUUCAAAGACACCUCGCAAAGUCCCAGAGUAUUCAAUCGUCGCAAGCGCAAUAGUCGCUAACUCAAUAACGAUCGAACCGAUUUG